AUGUCUCUAGGCUUGUCUAGGCUGAGCCAGUUAGGAUUUGAGGUUGAUCUCCUCUAUUUUUUCUGUGGACUUCUGACCGUACAACUCAUGAAAAUAAAACCGUGGUUAGUCACUGUUGGAGGAGCUUUCAGUUAUUCCCUCAUCCUUCUUCGUUCCAAUUUGGAUCUUCAACCAAGAAUUCGGUAUCAUGGACUUCAACACCAAGAUCAUGUAGUGAUUGAAAUUGGUUCUCAUUCACAACCACAAAGAACCAUUAAUAGUGUUACUCAAGUGGAUUCAACCCAAACAAUUAUAGCCAGUUCACAACCACACCCUGUCAUUGAUAUAGUCUGGCCUUCAAGAGGAAUAAGACAAUAUGCUUCUCAAGUAGUUUCACCUCAAGAGGGUGGUACUGGUGGUGCCCGUCCAGAAAACAUUUAUGGUACCAAGGAAUGCUUUAUAGGUUGUAUAGAGGCUCUUCAGAAGGAGAAUAGGAGCGUUAUCAGAGCAAUUUCCAUGCAUGUAGACAAAUACCUUAAAGCUAGUGUUCUUAGUGAGGAACAGAUUUCAGUGCCAGAAUUGCAUGGCGACGACAACAUGGUGGUUGAUUCAUUGUCGUCAAGAAUGAUCGGCAAGCUUCGUCAAAGUGUACAGAAGAUGGUGUCAGAUGGAUUUGAGGAGGAAUGCUUGCACGUGUACAGUAAUUGGCGGAGGGGGUUUCUGAAAGAGAGCCUCUGGGCAUUAGGGUUGCAGGUUCAAGAGCUCAACGGGGAGGACAUUAACAAGUUGGAGAAGGAUGAGAGGCUGAUAAAAGCUAUGAACAUAGCUGCGAGGAUACUCUUUCCCAAUGAAAAAAGACUCUUCAUUCGUGUCGUUAGCGGCUCCAUUCGCAAUGGGGAGUUUCAUUUCAGGGAACUUUGCACGGAAUUGGCUACUGGUCUGCUGAACUCUGCCCUUGCCUUGGCAACAUGGAGUCUUUUCAUGCGCAACACAUUGCAGGAGUUGAUACAUGAGUUUGAAUCAUUUACAAUACUAAGAAAUAUUGUAGUGGUCCUGAUAAGGCAGAGAUUGUGCAUUUAUGAGGUUUUGGAAGAUGUAUCACUCAUUCCUGGUGGCGGGAUUCAUCCCCUUACCCUUGAAGGGAUGUGCUUUAUUUAUUUGGUUUACAGAAAUAGGGAAAUUAGGAAACUUAAGCGAGAUUUAAAGGAGGGAAAGAUUCCAGCAUCUAUGUACAUAGACAAAGUGAGAAUUCGUUUAAAGUGUAGUUUGGACCAUAAGUCCAAAAAUGGUAAUAAGUUUCAUGUGAUGAACUACAAUGAAUCUCCACACCAAAGUUUCCUUGGCACAUUUGAGGAAUUUGUUGGGAAGCAUGUUUAUAAAUACAUUAAGUAUAGAAAGUCUGAGAUACAUGAUCGACUCAGCAAAUUGUUUCUUUUAAUGGAGUAG